GUGAAUUCGAGUAGCGUUGAUCGGAUGCUCGACGAUUUAAUGGUGCCAGCUGGAGAUUACGAUACACCACCGACACCGAUGUUGCCGUGGUGGUUCACGGCCGAAUGCGAAAGUCAACUUCUGGCUGCAUCGGCCCCGGUACCGUUCAUCCAGUUACCGUUGAUGAACAUUCCAACGACGGUUGCUGCUGCUGCGCCACCACAGCCACCGCAAUCGUCAGACCAAAGAUAA